GCACCAGUUAAACUCCGGUUAGUGUGGACAACAGGUGCACUACAGCCCCUCUCCACCUCGCACUUGGAUAAUGCCCGCAGAGCGCCGGUCGUCGCUUUGCGCAGGGCUUCCUCAUAUGCACUUUGGACACUUACACGUCUUUAUAUCCUGAAUACUUCCAGCCACACACAAAAUGCCUUUUCCGCCCAUCAGCCUUCACCAGCGGAUCUCCUCUCCUGGCAAGGAUCUAUUCGGGAAAAAGAAAGCCAACGGAGUGCCUCCUCAGUCUGGGCUCACCAGCAAAUCCGGUAAAGAGAAAGGGGGAUCCGAUAAGGAGAAGCAAUCCACUUCUUGGGCAUCGGCGAAUUUAAGGAAUUUGGGGCGAAAAGCCCAACAAGAGAAGAGUAAAAGCCCAACACAGAAGGCGGAUGCCGGCAAGGAGACCCAGGGAAAGAGCUCCUGGCUGACGUUGCCCAAACCUCAGGACUCAUCCGAAGGAGUCAGGCGCUCCAGCUCCAUGGACUCCACCAGACACCUGCAGGGCAAAGAGGAAGGGAAGAAGGAGAUUCAGUUUACCCUCAGUCUCACCCCUGAAGCCAUUCUUGUCAUCCAAAAACGUAAUCUAGAAAAGCAGAUGAUUGCAAAGCAACAGAAGUGUUGCGCUGCCGCGGACUUUCGGCACAGGCGAGUUUUUCCAUCCAAAAAGGCGCACGGUGGGUCCAAGGGCUGCCCUCCUGUAGCCAAAGUGGAAAGCGCCGAGCAGGACAUCACCGCCAUCGUUAAAAUAUCUCUUCUGAAUGAUCAAUACAAGUAUGACGAUGUGGAGUAUGAAGAAGAGGAUGGAGACGUGGACGAGACUGUUGUGAGGAAAUGUAAAGAGUGGCUCAAAGGUGUCGAAAACGCCGCUGCUUUGGGAAAAGUCGACAAACUUUCUGCACUCCCGCACCUUAAAAGCUGCUGACAUCUGACUUUUGAUCUUUCAUUUUUAGAUAGCGGACUGAAAAGAUGAUGGACUCGUGAAAAGUGUGCACCGAUGUGGGCCUGCUGCUAUGCCAUCUUAUUCUUAAUUUAUUGGAGUCUUGUAAAUGAAACGUUUGCAAAUAAGAGGAGAAAAUCCACUUGUCUCCAGAGGAAUGUCAAUUUGUUAUGGAAUUAUUUACUAAAACAAAAAAGGACACUUAUUCAAGAAAAUAAAAAUAGAUGACUAAAUUGUAUUGGGAAUGUGACGUUCACUGAACAAAAAUGUGAACGCUUAAUUGCCGCCUGUGGCUCAUCCAACAUUGUUUUAUUACUGUUCACAGGGACGUGGCUUUGCGAGUUUAAAUGCCUAUGUUUUGUUGAAGUUUGAAGGCGUUGGUAUACCUUAAUAUUCUUGUCCUUUGCACAUGUUUUUUGUUUUCAGUGGGGCGCCUGUGGCAGAGGGGUUUGCGUAAAGGGACGUGAAACCGUUCCUUUGUGUUGGAGAACAAAACAUUCAACAACAUGGCUUUAUAUGAGCCUGCUGCUGAAACCAAACUGGACUGUUAAUGUUUUCCUCUAAUAAGAGGGUGAUAUAUCCUUUGUAGGGAUUUAUCAGUGAUGUACAGUAUUUAAUACUUACUAAAUAUUUGUACUGUCGAAGUGUUCUCAGCUGAUGAUUUUAUGCCAUUUGAAGUAAAAAAAAAAAAAAGAAAUUAUGCAAGUGUCACUGACCCUUUUGAAUCUUUUAAAAGCUGAUUUGUGUUGUGCCUCUUUAAUAAUUCUGUUUCAUGGUGCUGAUUUGCCAUCAUUGAGGUUUCUCUUACACCGGUUCCCGACUCUACAUAUAUUUUAAAGGCUCUUUGUUGCCACUGUACCUACCUGGGGCCAUGUUGGCAUUAGUGUUUUAAGCUUCUUAGAUUUCCUUUUAAGCAGGGUUGACCAGUGUACUGUAGGGCCCAGGUGCAUGAUCCCCUCAGGAAAUUACUUCCAGUCUGCUUUACUUCUGUUAUAUCUAACAAAACAAUGCAUGUACUAGAGAUAAAUUGUAUAGGUACCAACAUCUGGGAGUUAUUUCUUUUUUUACCUGAAGUGCCAGAACUAGGCUAUAUGAUUUGCAGCAAAGGUCUUCCCAGUUUAAACUGAGAGUACUUGUGUACUGCUCAGGGAGAAAGAGCUGGUUUUCAGUAAAAGAAAUAAAAAAUAAAUUAAGCCCUAAAGACA